AUGCUCGGUCACAUCAAGACCGUCAGCGACAGCUCCCAGAUCGCCGAGGGCGUCCUCGCCACCCUCGUCACCCAGCCGGAGAAGAUGAAGGCGGCCCUCGACCCCUUCAUGCUCGCCACUGAUCUGGGCGACCACCUUGUCCGUAAGGGCGUCCCCUUCCGCGAGACCCACCACAUUUCCGGCCGCUGCGUCGCCCUGUCGGAGAAGACGGGCAUCCCGACGAACGAGCUCUUCUACGAGCAGAUCAAGAGCUUCGACGCCCGUGUCAAGGAGGACACUGCAGAGACCUUCAACUACGAGCAGAGCGUCGAGAUGAUGGCGUCCAAGGGCGGAGCCAGCAGGCCCAGUGUCCUCGAGCAGAUUGCUGUCCUGCGUGCCUCUCUGCAUCAGAAAAGCAGUUUGUUUUUCACCAUCGAAAAUGAUUUAGGGCGUCCUAGGUUCAAUGGCAGCGAGUACUAG